AUGUUCGAAUCAUCAAAGACCUGCUUCGGCUUGGUAGCCCAUCCACAUCCACAUCCUGGAGGCUUGCUGGGCUCGGUACAGCCCAAGGGGCGGGAGGCGCUUUCAGCCUUCUCCAGCUCCGGCGAGGAGCAAAGUGCCGCAGAGGCAGCGCAGGGCAAGACAAGCUCAAACAGCAUCGACGACACUGUCACAGCUUUCGAGGAGAUGUCCGAGUGGUUUAAAGAUGCAGGUGAGCAGAAAGCAGAUUCGAAGGACUUUGCCUCUGCCUUGGCAUAUGGGCCCCUCCAGGAAGGCAAGACCACAUGUUCAGGUUCGGCAGCUUACUCGGAGGAUUAUGACGUGCCAAAGAACGAGUUCAGUCAUUCAGGGGAUGUGGCCAGCUGCAUCUACAGCACUGCCAAGGCGGUAUUGCACAACUCACAUCAGGGCUUUUUCCAGCAGCUCGUAUGCGUGGAUCCUAAAACUCCUCUCGCCAAAGUCCACGAUGGUCAGUCCACGGAUUCGUUUCCACUUUCUCCUCAAUUUUCGAGUGAGGGAGGGAAUGGCAGUGAGGCAACCACGCCAGAGAGGGAGGCGAAGACAAAGAGGAGAGUUCAUCCGGAUCCCGUGUCCUCAUGCGUGGCAUGCCUCUAUGGGACACAAAAGCAUGAGGGCAAGCAGGAGAAGCUCCAGGAGACUCCAGAGAAGCACGGAAUGAAGGGACAUGCUCCAUGCGACAAGAUUACCGACUGCAAGAAGCCAGGAGCCCGAAGCGCCACAUCCUACCAAAAGGGCGACGCAAGGGAUGCCGGACGUGUCCGUUUGCGCAUCACCCCCCAGCACUUCAGCCCGUUAGGCACGACCUUUCGCGAUGUCCAGGUAGACUUCAACUCGACCAGCUUCACAAUCAGAGCCGUUGAUUGUGCGGGCUACGCUUGGACAGCUUAUUCUAACGAGUUGCCAGGACGACUCGCAGAGGACCGCUGCAAGUUCCGGAUCAACCCGGAUGGCACGGAUGUGACGAUCAUCCUCUACAAGGCCGACAGUGACCCGUGGCGGGAGAUGACUCGCCUCGAGUUGACACGGCCCUACAACCAGAAGGAUAUGAAGUCAGCCAGUCCAUCUUCCAGGAGCUCCAGGUCUAUGCCGAGGUUUCAGCGCAACUUCAUCUGA